AAAGGGAAGCGAGGCGCCCUCUUUCUCCGUAGAACGCAGCGUGCACGCCUGAGGUUCUCGGCAGAGAGUAGUGUUAGCAGUGGCGGCAGCUCCCUCACGCCGCUUUGCUGCGGCCCAGGCCCUACUCCAGGUUCUUCCUUCCUCUCCGGCUCAAGCCCGGCCCGGGACGCCCGCCGGCCCGGCCCCCGCCUCAGCCCUGCCGCCUGGCUCCAGGCCCGGCCGCGGUCGCUCCCGCCUGGAGCCGCCGCGUGCCCCCAGCCCCCCGGCCUCCCCUCGGCCCCUCGCUUUUCUCUUCCCGGCACGGCCACCGGGCUUCCGCGUCCGGCCCGCCACCAACCCGCUCGCCACUAUGUCUGUGGAACUCGAGGAGGCUCUGCCGCUAACGACCACCGAGAGUACGGCCAAGAAGGUGACCAAGGUUAGUGGCUCGGCAGCUCUGUCCCCAUCCAAGAAGAGGAAGAACAAGAAGAAAAACCAGCCGGGCAAGUACAGCCAGCUGGUGGUGGAGACCAUUCGCAGGCUGGGCGAGCGCAACGGAUCUUCGCUGGCAAAGAUCUACACGGAGGCCAAGAAGGUGGCGUGGUUCGACCAACAGAAUGGGCGCACCUACCUGAAGUAUUCCAUCAAGGCACUGGUGCAGAACGACACGCUCCUGCAGGUAAAGGGCACCGGCGCUAACGGUUCCUUUAAGCUCAACCGCAAGAAGGUCGAAGGCGGCUGCGAGCGACGCGGAGCCUCGGUGGCUACCGCGGUGCCGACCGCCGCCGUGCACAAGGCCAAGAAGGCGGCCCCCGGCGCUGCGGGUCCCCGGCGCUCUGACCAGAAGUCUGAGAAGCGGUCGCACAAGAAGGGCGCCGCCUCCAAGAAGCACAAAGGCGGCAAUGCUAAGAAGGCGGCGGCUGGGGGCAAGGUGAAGAAGGCCGCAAAGCCCAGCGUCCCGAAAGUACCAAAAGGCCGCAAGUGAGCGCACCGAUCUGCUGGUCGGGCGGGUGUUCCAGUCUUUUGUACCCCGAAUGUAUUGUAGUUUUUAUACGGUUACCUGGGCCCGGGGCCCCUUCGUCCCUCCCAUCUCCCGCCUGCAGUGGUAGUAUUUUUUGUUGUUGUUUUUGUAUGUUUGCUUUGGAUUUUGAAACGACCCUGGCGACGCCCCCAUUGGCUCUUCGCCCUUGGCAACGGCUGUCGCUAUGGUUACCCACCCUUAGGCGCGAAUGGCCGAAGGUACUGCUCCUCCCUUUCCAGCUCCCGACUCUCACAGCCUUUGGGUGCACGACGAACAAUUGCGCGGUGCUGCGUGGCUUUUCCUUUCAUCCCUUCGGCAUU